AUGUAUGUCAGUGAUUGGCUCAAGGGGAGAGGUUUGGAAGCAUCGACAAGGUUUGUGGCUCCUGUGAGCAUCCACCUUCACGUCUACGAGUUCUGUGAUGGAGGUCUAAGCUUGGCCCGCCCCUCCGAGUCCACCAAUUUUUCCGCGUAUCUCCGCAACCUGGUGGAUCCACGAUAUCUCAAUAAUAUGGUUCCUGAAAUCCUUUCCAAUACACGCUACAACGAUCUUGACACCCAGCGCUUCUGGCAGGAGAAACUCAAUGAUGAGAGCACAAAAGUAAACAGGAAUCGGACAACACUCAACGUAUACAUUUUCGGUGUUAGCCUGGAUGCCUUACUUAUUGGAGUUGAAGAGUUGGAGAUAAACGUCGAGAUACGUAUCCACGAGGCUUUCAUCAAGGCGCUAGAGGUGGUGAAGUACAAUGAUGUUGGAACUAAGUUUCAAGAGAACGGGUGCUCGAUAUGCUUGGAGGAGUUUGAGUUUGAGAUGGAAGUGACUCGAAUGCCUUGCAAGCAUGUCUUCCAUGGUGGCUGCCUCACUCGGUGGCUGGAGAGAGGUUAUCUUUGCCCACUCUGCCGUUAUGAGAUGCCCAUCUAG